AUGGCUAAUACUAGUAUCAGGAAUGGUAUAUCUUGUCUGAAUAUGUUUGAAAGAGCUGUGCAGGAUCCAUGUUCGCAUGGUUGUGAUAAUGAAGAUGAUUCUGGAUUUUCUACCAUGUGGAGACAAAACCAAUCAGAUCCUAUUCAUAUGAAUGAUGUCACAGAUAACCAUAGUGAUAAUGAAUUAGAUGAAUUAGAUCCUUUGCAUGAAGUAGAAUUAUCUCCGGAGAAUUUACAACAAACUACUACUACUGAGAAAAAUGAAGAUACUAAUAUUGAUGAACCAUUAAUUUGGACAAACCCAUUUAAUAAAGGAACGGAUAUAACUAAAGAAAGACAACGGCAGUUACUAUCCAGAAGAAGAAGAAGUACAACGAAUAAUAAUGGAUUAUCAUUAAGAAGAACACGUACUAACUCUAGUUGCUAUAUUCAACAACAAUCAAGAAGACCGUUACGUUCAAGCAUGGUUGAACAAAGUCCCGGACAACAACAAAGAAAUGUAACUAGUCAUAGAAGUUUUUCAAAUGGUCUACCUAUAACUUCAACAGUUGACACACCUUAUUCAAGUCUUAGUGCUACAACAAGUAGUGGUAAUAUUAGUCAUGAUAAUUGUUGGGUUCGUCCAAAGACUCUAUCACAUUCUUCUUGUUCAUCAAUUUUAACACACUUAUAUGGUCUAGAGAAAUAUAUUUCUUCCGAUUUGGAUGCUUUGGCAUUCGAAGAUGCAUCUUCAACCACUACGGAUGUAUCAAUUAAUAAUGAUUUACCAAGAAAUAAUGUUAUCAUGCAAACAGAUGAUAACUCUCAUUCUGAUUUAAAUUUAAAUCGUAUUUCAGACACUACUGAUGAUUUGGCAAAUGUAACAAAAAGACAAAAAUCAUUUAUUGAACAAUCAUUAGCAAACUCUUUCUCCUAG